ACAAUCAAUGCCUUAAAAAACUCAUCCCAGUGCACUAGAAAGGAGAAAAGAAAAGCACCAGUGCAUCCGCUCCACUCGUUAGAAGAUUAGCAGUACCAGAAAUUUCUCCAACUGAGCGCCUCUAGCUAGCUGCACCAGUGCCAACAUCAAGGGAGCAGCAGAUUCGAUCUAUUCUACAGACAGCCUGAGCCAUGAUCACCGAACAUCAGUAGCGAAGCUUGUACUUCUUCCAUACUCAAGGAGGCAGCAUCUACACUGGAUUCUGAGGCUCCAGCACCCAGAUCUGAUGGAAAGAAUCAUGGUGAGCGCUGCCACUGGGGUGAUGAACUCCCUCCUCACGAAGCUCAUGCAACUGAUGAGUGACGAGUACAAGCUGCAGAAAGCCGUGAAGAGCAAAAUCGGCUCACUGAAACUCGAGCUGAGCAGCAUCAAUGCUUUUCUCAAGAAGCUGUCUGACAAGGAUGAUCUUGACCCGCAGACUAAGGAAUGGAGAGACCAGGUGAGAGAGAUGGCCUAUGAAAUCGAGGACUGCAUCGAUAACUACAUGCACAAGCUUGACCGCAAGCCAGAUAAAGUAGGUGGCAUCAUGGGCUUCAUCCGCAAAAGCAUCGGCAAGGUAAAAAAUAUGGGAACUGUCCACGGGAUAUCUGGUCAGCUUAAGCAACUCAAGAUCGAAAUCAUCCAGACAAGUGAGCGAUGGGAGAGGUUGCAGUGGGAUGAGGCGGCCAUUUCUGGGGUAUCAACGACGACAACAAUUGACUCUCGAAUGCCUGCGCUGUAUGCCAAGCCUAGUGAUCUUGUUGGUAUUGAUGCUAAAACGCAUGAGCUCAUUAAGUUGGUGACCGACAUGGAGGAGAAACGGUUGAAGGUGGUGUCAAUUGUUGGGUAUGGAGGCUUGGGAAAGACGACACUUGCAGUCCAGGUAUACAGACACCUUCAAGGGCAAUUUGAUUUUCAAGCUACUGUAUUGAUGUCCAGAAACUUCGAUAUGAGGAGGAUACUACGAGACAUACUUUCCCAAACUAAGAAGAAAACUUACAAGUCCAAGAAAAUGGAAUCAUGGGGUGAAGAUAUACUCAUACAGGAGCUGCGGAAAUUUCUGGAGGAUAAGAGGUACUUUGUUGUCAUUGAUGACAUAUGGGAGGCUCGAAACUGGGAAGCCAUCAAAUGCGCUUUUCCUGAUGGCAAGCCUGGUAGUAGAAUUAUGACGACAACUAGAAUCAUCAGUGUUGCUAAGUCAUCAUGUAUCCAUCGCCGUGAUCAUAUACAUGAAUUAAGUGUUCUUAGUGAAGCUGAUUCUCAAUGUUUGUUUUAUAGAAGAGCUUUUGAUUGUGAAAAUGGAUGUCCACAUGAACUGAAAGACGUUUCCAUUGAAAUUGUGAGAAGGUGUGGUGGUCUACCAUUGGCAAUAAUUACUCUGGCCAGUUUAUUGAGUACUAAAUCAUAUACAAGACAUGAGUGGAUGAUUGUACGGGAUUCUAUUGGUUUGGGACUUAUGAACAAUGCUGAGAUGGAAGACAUGAAUAAGAUAUUAUCUCUCAGUUAUAUUGAUCUCCCUUCCAACCUGAAAACUUGUUUGUUGUACCUUAGUGUAUUUCCAGAAGACUGCGUGAUCACUAGAGUUCGGUUAGUAAGAAGGUGGAUAGCAGAAGGGUUCAUUGAAGCAGAAUGUGGGAAAACUUUAGAAGAACAAGGAGAAAGCUAUUUUAAUGAGCUUAUAAAUAGAAGCCUGAUCCAACCGAUAGAUAUUGAGUAUGAUGGCCGAGCAAGGGCGUGCCGUGUGCAUGAUAUGAUUCUUGAUUUAAUUGUAUCUAAGGCGGUUGAUGCAAAUUUUGUCAGGUUGAUUAACCGAGAGGAUGCAGUUGUCUCCAAUUUGAAGGUUCGCCGACUCUCGCUUGUUUGUGGUCCCCAAGAGUUCAGCACAGAGUCACUCGUGGUUUCUCAAGCUCGAUCCGUCAGUAUUUUUGGGUGUUCUCAACAGUUGCCUCCUCUUUCCAAAUUCAAUGCUCUGAGGGUAGUUGAUAUAGAAGGCCCUAUUGAGAACAACUAUAUAGUGAAUUUUGGAGGGCUACAUUGGCUGAGAUAUCUACGGAUUUCUGCAAGCACUGUUACAGAGCUUCCGGAAAUGAUUGGGCAACUACAAUCUUUGGAGACAUUGGAUCUGAAGCAAACUGCUAUCAGAGAAUUGCCAGCAAGUAUUGUUCAACUGCAACGACUGAAACAUCUAGUUGUUCAGAGUGUAAAGUUGCCUGCUGGAACUGCCAAAAUGCAGUCUCUGCAGGAACUGUCAGAAUUAUAUGUGGACGAUAGCUGUCAAGUAACUUCUCUGCUAGAGCUGAGAAGUUUAGCCAACCUGACAUCUCUUGAUCUUGUUUGGCGCAUCAGUGAUUCACACACAGAAAAAAGGAUCUUUGCGGAAAGUUUGGUAUUGUCCCUCUGUGAACUUGGCAAAUCCAAACUUCGGUUCUUAAAAGUUACUAGUGGUGAAUCUGAUGGUUCAUAUGACUUCAUGUUUGAUGCUUCGUCCUCAAUUCCUCAUCUUCUUGAAGAGUUGACCUUGUACCCAAACUGUUAUAUCAGCGAAAAUCCAAGUUGGAUGUCCUCAAUGCGCGAUCUUACCAAAUUGAAUAUUAUGGUUAAUCCAGUGACACAGGAAGCUGUUGACAUUUUUGGAAACCUGCCUGUCCUGCAAUUUCUUGUAUUGAGCUCAAAAGUAAUUCUUUCGAAAGGGAUUAUCAUCGAGAGUGGUACAUUCAAAUGUCUAAAGGUGUUCCGCUUGUAUUGUCGUGAUAUUGAUAUAGGGCUGACGUUCAAAGCUAGAGCCAUGCAGCGUAUUGAAAAGCUUACGCUUCCAUUCAAGGCACAUGAACCACAACCCGUACUUUGUGGUAAUGAUUUCGGCAUUCGCCAUCUCUGUGCGUUGAAGUAUCUCGAAGCUAGGAUUAGUUGCAGGGGAGCAGCAGCUUGGGAGGUGGAGGAGUUGGAUGCUGCCAUUAGGGAUGCUGCCAGUCUACUCCCUAGCCAUCCAGUGACACGAAUCUUGAUGUAUUAUACAGAAAAGAUGAUAAAUGAUAAAAAGGAGAAGAAGAGUGCUACUGGGAAAUCGUUGUAUUCUGGGGAAUGUUUUGGCAGUAUGGAGGAUCAUUCUUAUCAUCAUCCCCAUCUACAUCAUAUCGUCCAUUCUGGUGAGGAGGAUCCAAAUUCUUGCUCCAUCUGCUGAACUGUGCAAUGGUGCAUCAAUGUACCAUCACCUGAUAAUUUGAUAGGGUAGUUGAAGCAUGAAGCCAAUAAUGCAUUGUAUUAAUGAUUGGUUCUAUACACUACAGGAAUCAGUUAUUUACCGGAGGGAAUUCACCUUCAAAAUAAAUUGCACUGGAGGGAACUAUUUUUUGACAUAGUACACUUCAAAUGCAAUGCAUUUCUACUACAGACUGGGGAUUGGAAGCUCUCGCAAUGCUUAAGUUGAUUAAAAAAAAUGGAGAUGAUUUGAUACGUGAAACAUCUAGUGCUUUGCAUGCUCCUCUACAGCAAUUUUAAUUGUGCCAAGGGCCGAUUGACUGAAGUCGAAAAAGUUUAAUGUUAAGGAUAUUCUGGAUUGUGGUAGAGUACCUGUUUGCAACGGUUCAAUCGUGGGACUAAUUCGUUUUGUUGAUGUUAAUUUUGUGGGUGUUCAUAGUAGCAUCUAUUUAUACUCGUAUGGUUAAUAUUUGCUGGUAUGAAUAUAUUUUUAUGUCUGUUUAUCUUCGAUCCAUUGUACCCCAUGAUGGUGAUAGCGGUACAUGGAUUUCAAAUUCAAUUCUUGCUUCAGUAUAUUGAACUUUUCCAGUA